GCGACAUCGUUCCACUACUUCACACAUUAUUAUUUCUCUUGUGCCGACGACGCGCACAUCGUGGAACGAGUGCAAUUCUUCCAGCUUCAAUCAACUUCCCCAGCCAAACCAUGGCACCACAGCAGAAGCAGCGCAAGAUGGCGAUCGUCGGCAGCAGGUCUGUCGGCAAAUCCUCCCUCACAGUCCAAUACGUCGACGGCCACUUCGUCGACUCCUACUACCCGACCAUCGAAAACACCUUUAGCAAAGUAAUCCGCUACCGAAACCAAGACUUCGCGGUAGAAAUCAUCGACACGGCCGGUCAAGAUGAAUACACGCUCCUCAACAACAAACACUUCAUCGGCGUGCACGGCUACAUGAUCGUAUACUCGGUCGCGAGCAAACAGAGUUUCGAAAUGGUACGCAUCAUCCGCGACAAAAUCCUAAAUCAUUUGGGCGCCGAUGCCGUCCCGAUCAUGGUGGUUGCGAAUAAGAGUGAUUUGAGGCCGGAGCAGAGACAGGUGAGUGCGGGGGAGGGGAAGAAGGUGGCCGAAGAGCUGGGGUGUGGGUUUGUGGAGGCGAGUGCGAGGUAUAAUGAGAAUGUUGGGAAGGCGUUUGAGGGGAUGAUUGGUGAGAUUGAGAAAGGUCAGGAAGCUGGACAGCCAAAGGAGGGGAAUAAGUCUUGCGCGAUGAUGUGAGGAGAUGAAAGCCUCAGGUUGCGGAUUUGAGCGCAAGAAGAGGAAUAUACGAUUGCACGCAAGGCCACGGUGUACUGCCGCGCUGCUCUGGGUGGAGGAUUAUUUGUGAUUUCUGGGAGGAAGCGAAGGGGACAAUAGACGGCGCAUUAUACCACGAUUGCUUGAAACAAUCAUUCUGAGGACUCAAGGAGGGUGGGAGGAGAUCUAAGAGCUAAGCUCAAAGUAGGGUCUUCGUUUGCAGGGGCGUUAUGUGAAGCAAUGGCGCUGGGUAGAGGAAUUGAUAGGAUUAGUAUGCUUUUAGCGGGAUAGAGAUGAGAUGUACCUGUAUCGAACGCGCAUUGUAUUGUGUG